AUGAGAGCCAACGACUUGCUUGAAAUAGAAGAAAGAAUUUCAAAUCUUUUAUCCCAGGAAGAGAAAAAGAGAGGAGAGCGCACAGAAAUGCUAAAACAAAUCCAGGUAAGCAUUGAAAAAAGAAGAACCCUAUGCAGCGAGCUAGAGAAAGAGAAACAGAAGAGAAUAGAUAAUCUAAAUAAACAAAAGGAGGCACUUAAAAAAGCAAAAAUAAUAGCACUGAAUAAGGAAAAUGAAGAAAUAAAGGAGAAAAAAGAGCAAAUUCGAAAAGAGUACAUUCAGGCAAUUGAGAAUGUAAAUCGGCUAGAGCUUGUUCUUUCCAAGGACAUGCCUGCAACAGUAAAAAAGAUAGUUUUAAUGGGAAAAGAGGCAAAGAAGUCUGGGUUUAAAACUCUUUCAGUGGCCAUUACAGAGCAUCUGUCAGAGGAAAUAAGGAAGUUUAUUGUUCAGUCUAAAAAAGUAUCAAGCAACCUUAGAGUGGAUAAGCUAAUUGAUUUAAUCAAAGGACUAAACAGAUCAAUUGCGCUUUGCGAGGAUGGAGCAGAUAAAAUAGAAAGAAGAAGAGAGAUGUACUUGGAUGGUUUGUUUGCAGAUGUCGUGGAAGGCUUUACUAACCACUUUUUCAGCCAAUUUGAGACAAAUCGACUAGACAAGCCAGAGUGGUACUUAGACUAUCUUAAGGGUAUUAUAGCAGAACACGAAACAAUAUUUUCUGUUCUGUCCCAAAUUGACGAAUUAGAGACAGAAGAAGGGGGAAUCGAGGAGAGUGUUAUAAAAGAAAAAUACUUUCAUAGCUUAAUUGACUGGAUUUAUGGCGAUAUAAUAUAUAAAAAGCUGAACGAGUGCAUAUACAGCAGCUCAAAGCAGCAGAAGAAGCUUAUUAUGCACCAUGCAGAAGAACUUUCACUGUUUGAAAGAGAGUUAUUUUCGUUGUACAAGUACAAGAGAAUAGAGAAGAUUCCAAAAAAAGAAGCAGACUUUAUAGAAAAUCUGUUUAUUUGCGGAAUAGAGAAUGAGUUGCAUGGUAUUAUGAAGAAGGAUUAUACACAGUGGAGCGAUAUGUUUAUGUACCUUCUUAAGACAACGUUUAAGAAGGCAGCAGCCCUUUACUCUAUUAUUCCUGACGCCCAUGCUGUUCUUCUAGAGGCGGCGAUAAAGAAAUACUUGGAUGGACUGACGGUUUUUUUGAACUCAUUUUUAUACCAAAAAACAGAAGAACAGGCGAUUCUGGUGCAUUUCAUAGAGGAAAUAUCUCAUUUGGAAGAAGAGUUAAUUGAUAUAGAGACUGAAUUUGGCAUUCUAGUUGGAGAAGUGACUAUAUUGAAUGCUCCAUAUUUGGGAGAGUUCAAAAAUAGCAUGUUAGAUAUUCUAGAGAGAGUUCUAGAGGAGAAAGUGGAACGGGCAAUGGGCCCCUUCACCGACUAUAGAUUUAUGGAGAAGCAUGAAGAAGUAGAGGCUUUAUCAAACUUAGAAGAGGUUAUUGAAUCCGAGCUGGCCCUUAUAGAAACACAGACGCUUAGCGAUUGGAUGCGAAGCAGUAUUGCUGCGUUAAUAGAUAGAUAUAUCUCAGAGAAUGUUCUAUUGGAUAGCAUUGGUGAGGAGGCAGAUGUUAAUAGGGCCAAAGACAUUUUUAUCCUGAUAAUAGAAAUACUUAAAAAGAAUGGCAUACAAGAUAAAUUAGUGCAUUCUAAAAGAAAAUGCCAAGAAUUAUCUGCCAAUCUGCACAAAGUCGCAUAAUAUGUUAAUAAAUAGCUCUUAACAG